AUGGCUUCUUGUUUGAACUUAUUGCCUCAGAAGCCAGGCCUGAAGGUGAGAGUGUCUCAAGAAGCUCUAAGUAGUCUCGUCGAAUCGUUCGGAAAGAACGAGAUUGUAGAUCUGAAUGGCAUGAAGAUCCCCGAUAAGAGUGGCGUCAUAGAAACGUUUUUUGGUGAUAUUUUGUACAAUCUAACCGAUUUUAAAAUCAUUGAGACCUCCUUAACCUCAUUGAAAGUAGCUCUGGUUGAAUCCAUCAAUGGGCUGAAUCUAACCCUCUCCAACGGAUCAAUCUCUCUUGGGACAAACUGGGCCUAUGGAACGAAGAAGAAAGUAUUUGCCGAUGGUAAUGUUAAGAUCGAAGCCAAACAAAUUAAUUUGGAACUGCUGGUGAAAGUUGACUCUGCUGACGACCACAACAUCAAAAUAUCUUCUCACAAAUGUUUUACGAACAUUAAAAACUUGGACAUAAAAUUUGAAGGACCGAACAGUGGAUUUUAUAACUUCCUGAAAGGCCUGUUUACAAAACGACUCGAGAAGCCUUGCAGCAUGAUAGAGAAAGCUUUGCAGAAGGUAAAAAUACUUGUCAACCGCAGGACUGCACUUAACAGACAUCUAGAUGUAGAUUUAUCUUUCACUGAUGUUCCAAUCGUAAAAGAAAAAUACGUUGAAAUCAAUUUAAAGGGAGAAUUUUUCGGAAAAAAUAACUUUGAAAAGUACUCUUACCAGGCAGCCAAUAUUAUAACUGACAACGAGGAAUCUCGCAUGUUGAACGUCUGGCUCACAAGAUACUCUGUAGAAACGGUGCUGAAUGCCUUUUACAAGAUGAACAAACUUCAGAGAAGAAUAUUAAAAGAUGAUUACCCAGUGAAUUUUAACCAACAUUUUGCUUCUUCCUGCUGGAGUUACACAUGCAUUGGCUUCUUCUUCCCUACCUUAAGAUUUUUUUACCCAAAAUCUUACAUUGAAAUUGAAGUGAAAGCUACUGAGACACCAAGCUUUCAUGUGAUGAAUGAGAGUGUGAGAAUUUAUUUCAAGAACGCAACGACGGCAUUUUACGUGAAGACAGCUGAUAAUGAAAUACAGGAACUUUUUAUAUUUUCCUUAGACCUCCUAGUACAUGCCAGCCUCAGUCUAUCAGGCAAUACUCUUCACUGGAAGAUAACCAAACAUUUUUUCAGCGUUAGCUUGAUGAAGACCAACAUCGGACCAAUACCAGACAUGCUGAUAACAAAUGCCGUUGAGUUUUUAUUCAACAAAGCGGUGCUGCCAGAGUUGAAUAAGGUCGGUAAGGAUGGCAAAAAAUUGAAACUGCCAUCCAUAUUAAAACUUGAAAAUGCAAGUUUGAAAACGAGUCAUGGAAACAUCCUUCUACAAACUGAUUUAAAAUUUUCCAACAAGUUGUAA